AGGAGGUUGAUGAGGAGAUGUUUGAUGGCUGGAGUUUGGGGUCCUGCUCCAUGUUCUUGCUGUUUUAGAGGGAAAUCCGCGGGUCUGCAGAGAUGCUUCAUUUGGAGAUCUAACAGCGAACAUGGAAACAGAAUCCGGCAACAGCAAGGAGGCCAUGGAUGCAGCCGGUGAUGGUGCUGAGGCUGGAGAUGCACAGACUGGUUCAGGAGAUGAGGAGAGUGGACGGCAGCUGGGCGAGGUGGAGCUGCAGUGUGCGCUGUGCAUGAAGUGGUUCACCGCCGACACGUUCAGCAUCGAUACUGCAACUUGCCUUCCCUUUAUGACCAAUUAUGUGUUCCACUGCAACGUCUGUCAUCACAGUGGAAAUACAUACUUUCUAAGGAAACAAGCAAACUUGAAAGAGAUGUGCCUCACAGCUUUGGCUAAUCUGACGUGGAGGUCAAGGACUCAAGAGGAGCACCCCAAGACCAUGUUUUCUAAAGACAAGGAUAUCAUACCUUUCAUUGAUAAGUACUGGGAGUGCAUGACGACCCGUCAGAGACCGGGGAAGCUAACAUGGCCGAACAACAUUGUAAAAACCAUGAGUAAAGAGCGAGACGUGUUCCUGGUGAAGGAGCAUCCUGACCCUGGCAGUAAAGAUCCUGAGGAGGAAUACCCCAAGUUUGGCCUUCUUGAUCAGGAUUUGGCCAAUAUUGGACCUUCAUAUGACAACCAAAAGCAAACUACUACAGUCACAGCUGCAGGAAAUCUCAACGGUGGAUCUUCGUUUUCAGGUGGUCUUCCACCUCCCAGCACGGGGAAAGGCCGAGGAGCCAAACGCAAACAGCAGCAGCAGCAGGACGGAGCCAGCGCUGGAGCAGCCAAGAGGACCCGCAGUGAUCCUCUGUUCUCAGCCCAGCGUCUGCCUCCUCACGGAUACCCCCUGGAGCAUCCCUUCAACAAGGACGGCUAUCGGUACAUCUUGGCCGAGCCGGACCCCCAUGCCCCUGACCCAGAGAAGCUGGAGUUGGACUGCUGGGCCGGAAAACCCAUCCCGGGAGAUUUAUACAGGGCCUGUCUGUAUGAGAGAGUGCUGCUAGCCCUGCAUGACCGAGCUCCCCAGCUGAAGAUCUCUGAUGACCGUCUCACUGUGACCGGAGAGAAGGGCUACUCGAUGGUUCGGGCCUCUCAUGGAGUUCGGAAGGGAUCCUGGUAUUUCGAGGUGACUGUAGACGAAAUGCCCCCUGAAACUGCGGCUCGACUCGGCUGGUCGCAGCCUUUAGGUAACCUACAGGCUCCGCUGGGCUACGAUAAGUUCAGCUACUCCUGGCGCAGUAAGAAGGGCACCCGCUUCCACCAGUCCAUCGGGAAGCAUUACUCUGAUGGCUACGGGCAGGGAGACAUCCUGGGCUUCUUCAUUGAGCUUCCAGAUGGUACAGAAAUCGCCAGGUCCUUACCGGAUACAUACAAGGACAAAGCACUGAUCAAAUUCAAAAGCUACCUCUACUUUGAAGAGAAGGAUUACGUGGACAAGGCAGAAAAGAACCUGAAGCCAGUUAGUGAGAGCCGAAUGAUUUUUUACAAGAAUGGAAAGAGCCAGGGCGUGGCGUACGACAACCUGUUUGAGGGAAUGUAUUUCCCUGCUAUAUCUCUCUACAAGAGCUGCACGGUAUCCGUUAAUUUUGGGCCACAUUUCAAAUACCCUCCAAAGGAUGUCAAGUUCCAGCCAAUGAGUGAUAUGGGCUGGGGUGCAGUGAUUGAGCACAGCCUGGCGGAUAUUCUUUACCACGUGGAGACGGAUGUGGACGGCCGGCGCAGUCCUCCGUGGGAGGGUUAAAUUUCUUCAAGUGUAAAUUCAGUGUGAUGCAAAGCCACAACCCAUUCAAGCUAAUUCACCAUCACAUCUCACAGUGUCCUCAUACAACACGUCCAACACAUACGUGAUCCUACACAUCCUACACACAGCCCAGAGUCACAAUAUUUCAUAUCCAGUGAUGUAACUCAUAGAUGAGCAAAACUGAAGGAUUUCUCAGUAUUUUUGAGAGUGUGAACUCUUCUGAAUGCUUCUCGUUCAGUGCAGACAUUUAGAGCAUUUCUCCAGGUACACUUAUCUUCAGAACUGUAUCAUUUAUGGUUAAACUAGUUUAAGAAAAGUCUGAGAAACUUGAAUUAAUUUAGCAAAAAAAUCUUACCUGAAACAUUGAAAAAUAUAUAAUAAGUGUUAAAAUAUACUACGCAAAGUUUCAUGCCGUCGUUUCCUUUGCACCUCGUACAUUUUGGGGUAUAAUCGGGUUCAGACUAGUCCAAAUCCUAGAAAUAGUAGCAAAUAAAUGGGGUUUCUGUUCAGUUUUCAUUCAGUUCUCUCUCUUGUUUCUUGCGUUUCUUCUUUGUUCUUUGUGAGAUAGUGGUUCAGCUGUUCUUUUUAGUUGUAAAAAAUAAUUAAUUUGAUCAUUUGACGUGUUUUCAUUUUAUUAAGCCUUGUUUUUUACUGAAGCUUGUUUUAAUAAAGCUAUUCUGAGAGAAAA